AUGGGACUGAAUUCUGCUUACAACAUUACCAGGGGAAACAUUCUCUUGAUGAGGCCCUUACCAACUGUUGCUGUUGCCUAUAGCAUGCUUAUCCAGGAAGAAAAGCAAAGAGAAAUUCAGACAUCAUCUCCCUUUGUUCCAGAACAUGCUUCUCUGAAUGUGAAUGCACUAAAUCUCACUAAGGGCAGAAAUGAGGAUAAGAGACUUAUCAUUUGUGAUUAUUGUAAGAAAAAGGGUCAUACAGCCAUUCAGUCCAGAGAUGUGCAAUCAACUCAUGAGGCUUCUCAAUAACUUUCAUGGAGGAAUGAUUCAACAAGCUUCUAACUCCAUUGCAAACUCUCAAGCCUUUUCUGCACAUAUGGCUGGACCUUUCCAAGAAGAAGCCAGUGGUUCUUGGUAAGAGGCAUGGUGGUCUCUACAUCACUCUUGCAGUUUCCUCUCCUUACCAAACAGUGUUUCUAAUACUCAUAAAAAUGUCUUUACUACACCUGAUGUUUCUAGUAGAGUUUGUUGUAAUAAGGCUUGUUCUAGUAC